AUUUGAUCCAACGGACCUCAACAAUCUCCUGCCUUUCCCCUUCCUCCAAACAAAAAUUUCCUCAAAAAAUCUCUUCCAUUUUCUUCCCCUUCUUUUUUCUUUUUUUUUUUUCCCCUCUUUUCUCUUCAAAAUUCUCUUCGGAGGAUCCCUUUUCUGGGCUCCGGCCGGCGAAUAAUCUAUUUUAUUUGGGUUUUUUUUUCGGGGUCAUACGUUUUGUAAUUGUAACUGGUUUUCUUGAAUGGUCAAAAUUCAAUCUUUCUGUAAAAGCUGUUUUCUGGGUCAGAAACUGUACAUUAGUCAACUCUUUCCUGAGAUUUUUAUGAAGACUUAAAACAGUUGAUCAGGUUCUGCAAAAAUCUCAUUCUUCAUCUGUGUACCAUCUUUCAUUUUUCUCCUUCCUUCAAGUGCAUUAAAGCUUCCCAAGUUAUUAGGAUAAUAUCAAUUAAAGGUGCGCUUUUUUUACCUGAAAAAUGAUCAAAAUUUCCGUCUUGCCAGAGCUCUGCUUUAGAAGCAUUCACUUGAAUUACUCCCCCCAUUAAUUUCUUUUUCUCUUUUGUUUCUUUUAGGGGGUUAAAAACUUUUGCUAAUUUGUUAUUAUUGCUAUUAUUUGGGCUUAGUUUAUACGAUUAACUACGCAGUACAAAAACAGGGGAUUUUUUUUUUCUUACUUGUUUUUAUUUUAGUCGGACCCGGGUCGUGUUUGCUCAAAGCUCAAAACUUUAUCAUUACAGCUUAAAGUAAAGCCUCCACUUCCAGUGCACUAUCUAUUUGGGAAAAAUAAAAGGAAAGGAAAAGAAAAGAAAAGCACUUUUUGGGAUUGGAUUCUUCCUUCUCACAACCCCAAAGUUGAACCCUUUUUUUUCAGCUUUCAGUUUAUUGAACUCUGACUCAACCAAAAAUCCAGUCUUUUUCUUCUUUUCUUUUUCUCAAAUGGCUGACUCCGAUAACGAGUCGGGAGGAAACAGAGAUGGAAGCGGCCUCAACGAAAGCUCGCCGAGGGAACAAGAUAGGUUUUUGCCCAUAGCCAACGUGAGUAGGAUUAUGAAGAAAGCUUUGCCUGCGAAUGCAAAGAUCUCAAAAGAUGCUAAAGAAACAGUUCAAGAAUGCGUAUCGGAGUUCAUCAGUUUCAUCACCGGAGAAGCUUCCGACAAGUGUCAGAGAGAGAAGAGGAAGACCAUCAACGGCGAUGAUCUUCUGUGGGCCAUGACGACUCUGGGUUUUGAAGACUACGUUGAGCCCUUGAAGAUUUACUUGCAGAGGUUUAGGGACAUGGAAGGGGAGAAAAGCGCCAUGGCCGGCCGGCAGGAGAAAGAAGGCGUCGGUGGGAACGGAGGCGGGGUGAGCUUGGGGAACGCCGGCGGUGGUUAUGUGGGGGAGGGCGGUGGUGGAAUGUAUGGUGGGGCAACAGGGAUGAUGAUGGGGACAGCACAUCAGCCGCACCAUCACCAUCAGGGACACGUGUACGGCUCCGGGGUGUAUAAUCAGAUGCCCGGUGCCGCCGGUGGAGGUGGUGGUGGGUCAGGGAAGUUAGGGUCGGGUUACAUUGGGUCCGGGUCAUCUAUCACAGGAAGACCAAGGUAGGAGGCAUGGGGUUGGGCAUAGCUGCCACCUUACCUUCUUCUCACGUGAUUGAUUGAUUGAUCAUAUCAAUUGACUAAUAUAGCUGAAAUAUGGAGUAUUAUUAUUAUUGUUUAGCAAUAUAUUAUAUAUUUUCAAUAUAUAUAUUCUUACAAAAAAUGGUGUUUUAUCAAUGUACAUGAGGGUUUUUUACUUGGACUUGGGGUUAAUGUUUUGGUCUUUUGUUCAAGUCAGAAAUGAUUUGCAAGUAUUGGAACUUGGAAGUAUGCCUAGUUAUCCAUUUGUUUUCUGAGAUGAUUCACCCUGUAGAAUAUAGAAAAGGAUAGCAUGAAAGUCGUGGGAUUUCAGCUAGGGAAGGUAGUUUAUGGUUUUUUGUUUCUUCCUAGCUUUCAAGAAAGUUGCUUACUUUACUUGUAAUUAACUAUUUCCAUUUCAGAUCUAUCAGCUCUUUUGGAUCAUGAACAGAAAUUUGAUUCAAUGAAAGAAGAUUGAACUGUUUCAAACUCAAUUUUGCAGAUUGUAACAUGAUGCAUUGGUGUCAUUCUUGAUUUCUUUUUUCUUUCAAAUUUUUAAUAUGGGUUUUAGUUUAGGAUGUUUGGUGUCCAAAUAGUAGAGUGAGAGUACGUGUAACUAAUUAAAUUAGUUGAAGUUACAAGUGUCUUAAUGACUAGUGAGCCAAAAGUUUGGAGAGAUUUUGUUUACUAAUAUUAUGCUUUCUUUAUCAUUAGUGAUGCUUACUAACAAGCACAUGCGAGCACAAACCAAAAAAGUAACACCCAUGAUACAAAGUCACUAUAAAAAUGGUGGACCCUUGGGAACUUGACUGACUUUCAGAAGAUAAAGAUUGAAUGAUCAUCUGUCCUUCCACGUAGUUAUGGGAUUGGGGGAAUCGACUUCUCCCCAAGUUUGAGAGGCCUGUCUUCUGUUUCGGGGUAUUUCAAACAUCAAUAGAAGGAUAUGGUGUUUUGUUCUUCUUCACUCACGGCACAUUUGACUGAAAUCAGAUGCAAUUCAACCGGUUCCAUUUCCAUAGCCCUUUGUUAAAACUUAAAAGAGCAGGCAUCACGUAAGCUAGGGCAGAUCAUGUUGGUGCUUCUACCGUUCAAACUUUAAUGCG